UUCCAACUGAAACAUUGGCUCUUACUAUUGAUAGCCUUCAAACUGGGACCUCGGCUCUUCCUGAUUUUACAGUACCUUUUGGCCAUUAGACUCAAAUCAAGACAUCAGCUCAGCAGAUUUUGGACUUGCCAGCCUCCUCCAUAACGACGGCCAAAAUGAAGAGGACAUCUGAGGAAAGUCAGUCCCGAUUGCCAGACAACUCUGCCCUGAAGCAGCAGCAAUUGCCUGCCUACCGGCUACAGCUCACAGCCACUGGAGUCCUCUCUGGCUUUUUUGCAACAGGAGUAUUCUGCCUUGGUGUUGGCAUCAUUCUUAUAUUGUCUGCAAAGAGUAUCAAGGAAAUAGAGAUUAAAUACACAAAAAUCUGUGGAAAUUGUGCAAAACUGCGAGAAAAUGCCACUAAUUUUGACAAAGAAUGCACCUGCUCUAUUCCCUUUUACCUUUCAGAGACAAUGCAGGGUAAUGUUUAUAUGUACUACAAACUGUACGGCUUCUAUCAGAAUCUCUAUCGAUAUAUUCUGUCCAGAAGUAAUAGCCAACUGGUGGGUACAGACUUAAAGGAUGUUGGAACCUGUGCUCCAUUUAGCAAGUCCCAUGAUGGGACUCCCAUCGCUCCUUGUGGUGCUAUUGCCAACAGCAUAUUCAAUGAUACCAUUAUUCUUUCAUACAACCUGAAUUCCUCUCUACCUAUUGAAGUCCCAAUGCUAAGAAGUGGAAUUACAUGGUGGACAGAUAAGUAUGUCAAGUUUCAAAAUCCAAGAUCCAAAAAUCUUUCUAUUGCAUUUGCAGGGACCACAAAGCCUCCAUCCUGGGCGAAGCCUGUCUAUGAACUGGAUAAAGAGGAUCCAGAAAACAAUGGCUUCCUCAAUGAUGACUUCAUUGUGUGGAUGCGGGCAGCCGCCUUUCCCACUUUCAAAAAACUGUACCGUCGACUCAAUCGAAUACAGUACUUUACUGAAGGCUUGCCUGCUGGUAACUAUAGUUUUAACAUUACAUAUAAUUUUCCAGUAACGAGGUUUAGAGGAGAAAAAUCAGUUGUUCUUUCCACCUUGACAUGGAGUGGAGGCAGUAAUCUUUUCUUAGGUCUUGCCUACACAGUGACAGGAGCAGUGACAUGGUUAGCCUCCUUUUCCAUGAUGGCAAUUCACUUGAUGCUGAAAGACAGGAAAAUGUUCUUCAUCCAGCAAUAAAGUCAAGUUUUAAGAAGAAAAGCAGAAAACACAGAAAUGGACAACGAAGUAACUAGCAGAGCCAAAGAUUUGUGACUAGGCUCAAAAUGACUGAGAUAUUUCAUCAAGGGGAACUGGAUUGACCGACCAAGUACAAUCCCAGAUAGGUAAAUAAUGAGAGAUUCAGAGUGAAAAAGAGGAGGAA